UCCAUUACAAAAGCAAAUUUCUAUUCCAAAUCUAUUCCUUUUUCUUAUAAGAUUUAGUUUCGACUUCUUUUUUUCGUAUAAAUAGCGCAGAGAAACCUUAUUCUGAUCAUCAAGAAAGGUAUGGAGGUAGAAAGAGUGAAGGAGGAGGAGGAGAGAUCAAGGUUUAAGAGAAUAUGUGUCUUCUGUGGAAGUCAACCAGGGAAGAAGGCAAGCUAUCAACAAGCUGCCGUGGAUCUAGGAAAUGAAUUGAUGCAGGUGAAGAGUGGAAUUGAUUUGGUGUACGGAGGAGGGAGCAUUGGACUGAUGGGGCUUCUUUCUCAUGCAGUGCAUGACGGCGGCCGUCAUGUUCUAGGGGUGACUACAAGGUCCUUGAUGCCAAGCGAGUUAACUGAUCAUGCUGUAGGAGAAGUGCUAACCGUUACCGAUUUGCAUGCCCGGAAAGCUGAGAUGGCUCGCCGAGCAGAUGCCUUCAUUGCAUUACCUGGCGGAUACGAAACGCUGGAAGAACUUCUUGAGGUCAUUACAUGGGCUCAGCUAGGGAUUCAUAAGAAGCCGGUUGGGCUGCUGAAUGUCGAAGGUUUCUACGAUUCCCUUCUGUUAUUUAUCGAUAUGGCUGUCGACGAAGGGUUCAUAAGUGAGGCAGCUCAGCACAUCAUCAUCUCUGCUCCCUCGGCCAAGGAACUUAUCAGAAAAUUAGAGGAUUACACUCGCAAGUAUGAGAUAAACUUGGUUUGGGAUCCUGAUAACCAGCAGCCACUAGAACUCACUGUUUGAGCCUAAAUUGGUUUGAAUUAUCGUAAACAUGAGGCCGAAUUGGACAUGCUUGGCGCGAUCGAUUUGCUUUUGGAAAUAGCAACUAGAACUAUGUUUUUUGUUAUGCAUACGCAUUCAACAAGAUGCACAUUUAGAACUAUUGGCGGGAGCUGGUCAGCUUCGAAUAUAUAUGAAUC